UAGAGUUUAUUUUAGUAAUAAUUUCUGUCAGAAAUAGUUCAUCAAGUUUUUCCAUAUUUUGGACGCGAAUUUUUGCAACAAAGUAAGAUCGAUGGUGGUGGUGGUGAGACGAAGUGCGGGAGAAAGUAGCAGAAGUUGAUGGUGAAUCUUUUUGCAAGAAAAAACAGGCAAAUUUAAUUUAAUUAUUACUUUGCCACAUAAAAAAUUUCAUUAAUUAAAUAGCACUCAAAUAUGGAUCACCUUCUCCAGCGAGUUACCCAAUUGGAGAAAAUGGUGUCAGAAUUGGUUAACUGGACUAACUACACGACAACGAGUGUCCCCACCGGAAAUGAGUUGGACGGAACCAUUUCUCUUUCUCACACAAGUGUUGACAGUCGCCAACUUAUCAACGAUCAAUUCGACAUUGAAGAAGGCGUAAAAAUUGAAGCGAUUGAAGUAGCGUCCGACGAAGAAGAAAUGAUACCUCUCGAUCUACUUUCACACGACCCAUCGGAUAAUAAUCCUGCCAAUCCUGGAGAAAGUGGAAGCAACACCUUUCACUUCAUCGACCAUGGCGAUCCUCUCGCCGACCUUAAUCACUCUACAUCAUCAGAAGUUUCAAAUUCCGCCUCCUCCACGCAGGUAGGCACUUAA